CAGCCUUGGCUGGGGAGCGAUCAGACAAUUACACAUUUACAACAACAGAAGAGAAACAGACAGACAAAAGGUGACAGCAAAUCUCAUCAUGGCAUCAGCAGCUCUACAGUUCUUUGCUUUCAUUUUAGCCUUGCUGGGUGUCUUUGGCGCAAUCACGGCUGCCUUGUUGCCCAACUGGAAGGUGAACGCAGACGUGGGUUCAAACAUCAUCACAGCCAUCACCCAGAUGCAAGGGCUCUGGAUGGACUGCACAUGGUACAGCACCGGGAUGUUUAGCUGCACACUGAAGUACUCCAUCCUCUCCCUCCCUGUUUACAUCCAGGCAGCGCGGACCACCAUGGUUUUGUCUUGCAUCCUCUCGGCUUUUGGAAUCUGCAUUGCCACCGUCGGGAUGAAGUGCACCCGCCUGGGAGGGGACAGGGACACCAAAAGCCACACGUCGUUUGCGGCGGGAGUCUUCUUCAUCCUCGCAGGAAUAUUCGGGUUGAUACCAACCGCAUGGUACACGAGAGAGAUCAUUGCCAAUUUUCUGGACCCAGCAGUCCCGGAGAGCAGCAAGCACGAACCAGGAGGAGCUGUUUACGUUGGAUUCAUUUCAGCGGGACUUCUCCUCACGGCAGGUGCAAUCUUUGGCACUUCCUGUUUUAAAAAGCAGCAGGGAGCCUGGAUCUACCCUAAUAAGCAGCACCACCAGUUCCCCGGUGCCCAGCAAGAGAACAACACAGGCUACAACCUGAAGGACUAUGUGUAAAUA